AUGGUCGUCUCAAGGAACGUGACGGCCGUCGGCAUUGCCGAGAACGAGAACAAGGCGCUGCGCGACGAGGUGUCGCGCCUGCGCGCCGCGCUCGGCGGCGCGGGCCUGCAGGCGCCCUUCAAGCUGCAGGCCGCGCCCGCCGCGGCGGCGGCGCUGGCGUCGUCGUCGUGA